AUGAAGAAACUUGUGAAAGACAUUGAGACACGUGAAGACAUUACUGAUAGAUGGAAUCGAUUGAUGUAUGUUGCCAACGAGGUUGAGUAUGAUAAAGCUGUGGGUGCUAUGUCGAAUACCGGUGAGCUCUGGACUUACAUUGAGGCUAACUGGUUGCCUUUGAGAAGCAAGUUUGUGAAGUUUGAGAUUGAUACUUGUAUGCACAUGGGGUGCACGACAACAAACAGAGUUGAGGGGGCACACUCAAAGCUGAAGAAACUAUUGUCCGACAGUAAGGGUGACUUGGUCAUUGCGUGGACUGCGAUGAACAAGCUUAUUAUCAUGCAGCAUGACAAGAUAAAGGAGUCCUUCCAGCUCAGCAUAUUUGUCACAGAGCAUUAUUUGAAUGACCCGUUCUAUAAGCAUUUGCGCGGGUUUGUAUCUAGAGCCGCAUUGCACAUUAUUGUUAAAGAGAAGACUCAAAUUGGCAUGAUUGGGGUUGGUGGUAUAUACUGUGAAUGUGUACUUAGGAGAACCCAUGGACUACCAUGUGCUUGUGAGCUCAUGAAGUUUGAAUCUGUCCCAUUACUUGCAAUUCAUCCACAUUGGAGGAAAUUGACUUGGGAUUCUUCGGACCGUGACAUGGAUCCAACAUUGGGUUUGAGUUUUGAGUCUGAAUUUGAUAAAUUACGAACCAAGUUCGAGGAGUCUUCUCACGGAGUUAGAAUGUCGAUCAUUGAGAGCCUUAGAAUGAUUACUUAUCCAGAAACGACUUCUAUGUGCGCUCCAACAAAGAAGAAAACAAGGGGUAGGCCAAUGGGAUCCACUAACAAGCCCAAGAAGUUUGCCAAGGGAUGUGGUGAGACCUCUACAAAGCGCAUUCCUUGUAGAUGGGAGACUAUUGACAAGGAGUAUCCGGGCUCAUGGCGUGAUAGCAACACGACACCAUUACAGGAACCUUCUCCAAAGGUUAGGUCUCAAAAGGCUUCUAAGGCUUCGAAGGCUUCUAAGGCUUCUAAGGUUUCUACGGCUUCUAAGGCUUCUAAGCUUAAACAAAUCCCUGAUGAGUUUCAUCCAUUCGUUGUUGACUUUAUAAAUGUAAAGGGAGAUGGCCACUGUGGAUAUAGAUGUGUUGCAUCGUUGAAGGGUCUUGCAGAAGACGAUUGGCCACUUAUACGUAGGGAACUUCUGACGGAGAUUGAUUCGGAUGCUAAUAUGUACAUCAACAUGUUUGGAGCCAGCGAGGUUAACCAAAUGCGUUUAGCUCUAACAGUUAAGGAUACUAAGCCCGUAGGUGAAGACAAGUGGAUGAUGAUACCAAAUAUGGCCUACCUUAUUUCCACAACAUAUAAGUUCAUAGUGUUGACUAUUGCUAAUACCGGAUGCAACACUUUUUAUCCGUUAAAGGGAAAGGCGGACCUAGUGGAAGAACACAAAUUCAUGCCGAUUGUGCUUGUCAAUAAAGAUCAUUUCGUUGGGGUUACUCUUCGUGAAGGCCAUCCAAUGCCGACCACAGCUCACUUGUGGGCAUACAACUGUCACCCGGAUGCAAGAAAAUGGGAAGAGCCUUACAAAGAGCGCAUUGAAGAAUACGCGGCUUAUCUGAAACAAAAAAAUGGAGGAUGUAGUGAUGAUAUUAUUGACCUUAGUGAUGAUUAAUUAUGUUGGAUCAUUAAGUUGUUUUGUAACGAAUUGCUUGUAAUUUAUAUGCGUGUAACGGAUGAUUACUUUGAACUUUAUAACUGUCUCCUUAAAAAGCUUGUGAUGCCUCUGGAUUGUUAUAACUGUCAGGAAAUCAGUCUGUGCAUGCCUCUGUUAUAACUGUCAUUAAUUUUCAUCCUGUCCGCACUUAUAACUGCGGUAGGUCAUGACGCAUCUGUAAGAGGUACUGUAAGCCUCAUUAAUAGAACCAAUUUCCCGUGGUUAUAACUGCGGAGGUGUUUUUAUUUUCAUCCUGUCCGCACUUAUAACUGCGGUAGGUCAUGACGCAUCUGUAAGAGGUACUGUAAGCCUCAUUAAUAGAACCAAUUUCCCGUGGUUAUAACUGCGGAGGUGUUUUUAUUUUCAUCCUGUCCGCACUUAUAACUGCGGUAGGUCAUGACGCAUCUGUAAGAGGUACUGUAAGCCUCAUUAAUAGAACCAAUUUCCCGUGGUUAUAACUGCGGAGGUGUUUUUAUUUUCAUCCUGUCCGCACUUAUAACUGCGGUAGGUCAUGACGCAUCUGUAAGAGGUACUGUAAGCCUCAUUAAUAGAACCAAUUUCCCGUG